AUUUGAUAUUAUUACGUAUCCACUAAUUUCCUUUUGCAACUGAAAAAGGCUUACAAGGUUUAAGGUAGAUUCUCAAGUGCGAUAUCGAACAUGUUGGCUUUUUAGGCGGAAUGACACCUGUCCGAUGUGUGUCCAGAGCCUAAGCAGGUCAAAUUGCUUGCAGAUGCUCGUCCAACACCUAUUGUUGCAUGAACAAAAGUCUGUUUAAAAACAAUUCUUUUGUACCCAGCUGCAACCAUUGUACAUAAGCAUUGAUGUUUACCUUCACUUUGUUUUUAUAUCACUAAUCCAUGCACUUUUUGGUGAUAUACCAGAUUGCAUUUAUUAAAGAUUUGAUUUCCAAAUUAGCUGCAAAAGAACGUCGCAUCGAUCGUUUGCAAUACGCCUCCGAGAACCUGUUGGGAGAUAAAUGACAGCAUUGCAACUUCAGUUUGUCAAUCAAAAGGUGCAAGACACGUACAUAGCUUGCAACAUAACUCGUGCAUCAAAAAGAAGUGGUAAAAUCACUAUGUAACUAGUCUGCUCCGAAACAAGAAAGAUUUGCCUCCAUAAACACACUGCACUGAUUUGAAGAAAACGUAAGCUGAUGGGGAAAGCACAGAGCAAAAUCCCUCCGUCUGAACUCCAGGAUUUAGCAAAGCAUACCUAUUUCGAUGAACAUGAGCUGAAAAAAUGGUACACAGCGUUCAGUAGAGACUGCCCAACCGGUCGCCUGAACAAGGAACAAUUUAUUGAGCUGUACAAAAAUUUUUACGAGACUGUGGAUGCGACAAAGUUUGCUGAACACGUGUUUCGAACCUUCGAUGUCAACCACGAUAAUACAAUAGAUUUUCGUGAGUUUAUAUGCUCCUUAUCAGUGACAACUAGAGGAACUUCAGAUGAGAAGCUGAAAUGGGCGUUUGGAAUUUACGAUAUCGAUGGUAAUGGCUACAUAACAAAGACGGAAAUUGUCAGUAUUGUGCAGUCCAUUCAGAAAAUGGUUGGGGCGCUAGACGACUCGAAUACCUCGGAAGAGAAGCUAUUGAAAGUUUUCACCAUGUUUGAUACAAAUAGAGAUGGCAAGUUAUCAAUGGAGGAAUUUCUCGAAGGAGCCAAAAAGGACAAGAUAUUCAUGAAAAUGUUACAAAGUUAUGUGUAAAAACUUUUGCAGGAUGGGCGCGGGAAACCCGCUGUGACGCGGGAAAGAAGAAAUCUUGGGUUUAUGCCCCUGUUAUUAAAUAGAAGCUGACCAAAACAUAGUUAAAUGAACGAAUUAUAGUGUUUAUAGGAGUUUCUAAAGGCAUUUUGACAAAGCCGCUAGAUGCGGGGCUUUAGCGCUUAAAGUAUGCACCUCUAGUAACACGAACUGGUUAUAAAUGAAACGUUCAGCGAACAUAAAUGACUCUCUCUGAUAUGAAUGCUGUAGCAAAAAGCUCCAUGAAAUUAAAUCUGAAGCAAUUUUAUCGCAGGUCAUAUUAAAAUUAGCCUUAUUUCUCUCACGUAGCCAAUACAAAUAAUUAAACGGCCUUGAAAAGUAUGAAUUACAACAACAACACUAAUGGCAUUAUUUAAAUGGCAUCAUAGAGCUGAUCCUGUUUCAAUAGCAAAAAUAAACAGCAGCGUGAAGAUCUGAAGGAUAUGUUUCAAUUCAACAAGAAGGCUUAUUGCCUAAGGUUUCUCUUUAAACGCAGGUGGUUUUAGAUCCAAUAGCAGUUGCGAUUUCUUUAGCUCAAAACUUGUUUAGGAGUUUGCUGUAGCUUUGAUUAGCAAUUUUGAUCUCAGGUGCUAACCUCUCGGGGGGUAUACUAUGCGGUUCUAAGUCGUUGGGAAAUAUGAGCCGGUAUUUUUCUAAGAUUUCACAGAGAAUUGGCAGAUUUGCAAUGAAAGAGUAAAGUGAUGGACACGGUGCAAUUAUGUUUGUCGGUGAUAUUCGCAGCUGCAAUGAAGCACUUGUUUAACAUCGCAAACUUAAAUUGGGGACGUCGGUAGAGAUUCCUGUGAUAUUAUACCAAGCAGCAUGGCAGAAAAAUUUUUGUACCUGUACAAACAUUCUUUGGCAACGAUAGAAUGCGUUUGAGCAGGUGUAAUCUAGGAGGAUGAAAAGAAAAACUUCACCAGGCCUCGUGGAUUAGAAGUCAUGGGGUAGCUUGAUCCACGUGGCUCCCUACCGGGGUAUGUGGACAUGAUCACAGCAUGACUCAAUUUGCAGGGGACCAAAUAUCCAUUUUCAAAAUAUGUCCCUUUUUCCAUCUGAUUUUGCAAGAAUAGCAUUUUCUCUCCUGUCACACAAUAUCACACCGGAAGUCGAUUGGUGGUUUAUUGAUUGACAGGAAUAUUCUGACCAAUCAAAGAAAACUGGUAUAUUUCUGUUAGUCAGUAAUUU